GCAGCGGACGCAGGCAUGGACGCAGCAGAUCUGGAGGCGCAGAGGCAUCGCUCGUCAUGGGAUGUCUGGACUGAGGGCGUCAAUCACAGCGACGAGCGGGAUGCCCACCUGCUCUGGAACGCCCAGUGCCGUCGUGUCAUGCUCAUUGACUUUGAUCGCGCUGUCCUCCGAGCAGCUCCCAAACAUCAGCAGCUCUCUGCGGUAUCUGGGACGAAGAGGAAA